CGCAUCAGCUGUGGUGUGUCGUGGAGUGAGAAACUUCCCUCCCUCCUCCUCUCUGCCUGCCUUUAUCCAAAAUUCCCCCAGAUACCUUCUUAUUUAGCUUAACCGAGGAGCCGCGGCAGCCACCGGUGUCUUCGUCAACAAGCUGGUAUCGUUUUAUUGUAUUUUAAACAUUUUUGGGCGCCUUCGAGAGGAUUUCCUGCCUACUUCGUUCAGGCAGCUGGAGUGACUCGACCAAGUUUCUCCCCCACAUUCUGCCUGAGGAAUGAGAGGGCUGCUAGAGAGGAAGAGCCGAAACUUGCACGUUUGAGUGAACAAAAGGACAGAAAGAGAGGGAACUGCCAUCGGAAUGGAGGAAAAUACUCUCCCAAGAGCAACAUCUCCCUGCUCUGUUCUGAAAACGACCUCUCUGAGGCCUGACCCAGAGGGGGAAAGCAGUCCUUUAAAGACAGAAAAUACCCAGAAGAUGGAUUCUCCACUUAAGAAAGAAACAUGCCAACGAAUGGCUACCCCUACAAAAACUGACCUCUCUCGAUCACCUGGCUCUCCGGCAUCACCAGUCCCCAGGUCAAAAAGAGACAUCACAAAGUCAGAGGACAGACAGAAGCUUGCAAAGGAACGCCGAGAGGAGAAGGCCAAAUAUCUUGAAGAGCUCAGCAAGGUGCAAGCUGCCAAAAAAACCCAGUGGCUGGAGAAAGAGGAAAAGGCACGGCAGUUGAGGGAGCAGCAGCUGGAGGAACGGCGCAGAAAGCUGGAGCAGCAGCGGAUCAAGGCCGAACAACGGCGAGUGGCCUUGGAGGAGAGACAGAAACAGAAACUGGAGAAGAACAAAGAGCGCUACGAGGCAGCUAUCCACAGAUCCACAAAGAAGACGUGGGCAGAAAUCCGCCAGCAGAGAUGGUCAUGGGCAGGCGCACUAAACCAGAACCCUAGCCAGAAAGAAGGCAGAUGCUCUCUUUCAACGGUCAACCUGCCAAAACACGUGGAUUCUGUUAUAAACAAGCGACUGUCCAAGUCCUCCGCCACACUCUGGAACUCCCCCAGCAGAACCCGCAGCCUUGCACUGAGUCCAUGGGAAAGCAGUAUAGUUGACCGGCUGAUGACACCCACGCUGUCUUUUCUUGCCCGGAGCCGGAGUGCCGCCAGUGUCCUCAGCAAUGGGAAAGAUGGACACUCUCCUCUUUGCCCUCGUUCAGCCUCGGCCAGCCCCCUCACGCUGUGUGCUCAUCAGCCCCAUCACCGCUGCUCUGACAGCUGGAGGGUGACCUCCAGCACACCAGACAUCACUCAGCGCCAUCACAGACGGAGCUCCACACCCAUGGAUAAAAACAAGAAAGAAAAGAAAGACAAAGAACGGGAGAAUGAGAAGGAAAAAAAUGCCAUCACUAAGGAGAAGGUGCUGAAGAAAAGACAAUCUUUACCCAGUAUGAGACACAGACCUGAUCCAAGUCCUAGUCCUUUAUCAAGACGGCCGGCAUCCCCAGCCAUGCCUAAGGGUAGAACUGCCUCUCCAAGCCCAGCUGCCUCCCCCAAGCCCCCAUCAACACGUGGGAGCCCGUCAACCCCAAAGGCCAGGCCCAAAAGGGCCAGGACACCAGCCAGGAUAGACCACCGAACCUCCUCCCCAGUCCCCCUUGAGAGGAUGAAGGAGCCUCGAAGACCAAGUACUCCAGAAGAACGAAAGAGUUCAUCUGUGGUUCCUGCCGUUACAGGUUCAUCUGUGGUUCCUGCCGUUACAGGUUCAUCUGUGGUUCCUGCCAUCACAGUAUCCUCCACCGCUUCCACAGUUAAUGUGUCAGGCACGCCGGUCACAACCAGAGCCACUCCUUCCCCACCCGAGCCAGUCCAGUCUGCUCCUUCUGUCCGAGCCGUGUCACCUUCGCCCUCUCCAUCAGCCAAGCCCAUGGCGGGUACCAACGACCCAGAGGAGGCUGCUCGCAUCCUGGCAGAGAAACGCAGGCAAGCCCGAGAGCAGAGGGAGAGGGAGGAACAGGAGCGCCGUGAAAAGGAGGAGAAGGAGAGGAUCCUGAGAGAGGAGCGAAUAGCACGGGAGGCAGAGGAGAGGCGAUGCAGGGAGGAGGAGGCUCGAGCCAUGGCUGAGGAGCAGCGAAGGCGCGAUGAAGAACAGCGGUUGCAGGAGGAGAAGGAGGCUCAGGAGAGAGCCAAAGCCGAGCAGGAGGAGAACCAACGCCUGCAGAAACAGAAAGAAGAAGCUGAGGCUAGAGCCCGGGAGGAGGCGGAAAAGCAGCGUCUGGAGAGGGAAAAACACUUCCAGAAGGAGGAGCAGGAGAGACUGGAGAGGAAAAAGCGUCUGGAGGAGAUCAUGAAGAGGACACGUAAAACUGAUGGAGGUGACAAGAAGGAGACCAAGUCUUCCCCAGUUGCACAUGACAAUGACAAGCAGGCAGAGAGUAGCAAAGUGUCUGCUGACUAUCAGCCAAAACCAGAGGUCAACCCACCUAAUAACAUGACAGAAAAUGGACAGACCAAAGGCAAGGAAAGCCUCUUAGUAGUUAAUGGGGUUCAGCCUACGAGACACGAAAAUGGCUUGUCCACUAAAGAAGAUGCUGCCCACUUUGGAGAUAUCAUCCACCUCACAAAUCACGGCAACACCACAAAUGGAGCUCGGGAUAAGUCGGAGACCAGCAUGACCACUGAGCCAAUCCUCUCUUUUGAAAGCGAGGAAUCAUUCAUGAAAAAAGCAGGCCCCUUGAAACCUCAGCAUGUUGCAGAGGUCCUGUGACAUAUUCCAGUGUUGGAGUACUCGUCGCCUUGGACCUGUCCUUUCCCUGCCACCGCUCCCACGGUGAGCCCUGUGACCUGUGCCAAUAACUACCUUCUUCUACGCUCCCACAUGUAAACACAUCUCUCUGAAACUAACGUGGGCCACAGAAGAUGAUAGAAAAAAAAUCAUCAGGACACAAGCGAUGGACAAAAAAAUAUGAAAUGUGUUGCUGCAUACAGCACAGACAAAUCAGUGCUAUCAUUUGUAAACAUUCUUGAUGCACCAAAUCACUCGACAGUAUCAUCCUUUGUACAUUACAGCACAGAUGACUAAUUACUAUGUUAUGCUGACAAAUGGACUGUUUCUUUGAUUUGUUCUUUAGUUAUUUAACUAAAAGAAAUAUGAGAGACUGGGUACAACUUUGUGAAUACUGUAAAUGAACUGUGUGUGUGUCAAAACAAACCAGUCUAUGGGCUAAAGUUUUAUGAAAGGGAGUCAUUUUAUGCUGCUCUGCUAUGAGUAAAUGUUUUGAUUAAAACCUAAGGCAUCAUACAUCCUGGUUUGUAAAAUGCUACCUGUAACAUUUUUUUUGUAAAGUUAAAUUGAGAAAUCUGAAGAUUUUGAAAUGCAAGUUCACAAUGAAUGGCUUCUCACUGUGUGUAAACAUACUCGUCUGGUCAUACCGAAACCCCAGCAAUGACUGAUUGUAUGCAGAACUGGAUGUAAAAAUGAGUUAGUCGCCUUGAUGAUGACAAGACCAGAAAUUAUCUACAGUCAAAUCUUUUGACGAGGGUUGCUUCUAUUUACCAGCAGUAAUCAUGUUGUGAUUUUCCCUAUACAAGCAUGAGCCUGUUUUCUCUCAUUUGCAUAGAGAUUUUAUGGACUUGUAGGUAAUAAAAAUGCUGUUGCGUGUAUAUGCUAUAAAUAUAUUUUGAUGUGCAUUGUAAGGUCAAUGGGAAUAUCCCAAGUCUUAUUAAAGACAAAUGGUCCAGUC